AUAGAGUUUUAGAACUGGAGGGCUCUCUGUGUCCACCUGUCACACAACUCAUGUCCAAAAGGAAUCCCAAUUUUAACAUAUCCUAUGAAUAGUUGUUCAAUCUCUGCUAGAAAACAUCCAAUGAGGGGAAACGGGAACCUGGUGAAGCACUUCAUUCUACCCUUGGGCAGUGCUAAUCUAUGUCACAUUCAGCUGUCAAAGUGAUAUUCCUAAAACACAGGUCUGACCGCAGCACUUUCAUGCUCAGUAAUCUUCAUUGGCUCCCUAUUAAUCUAGGCUUAUCUUUUUAUCUCUAGGUCUACCUUUUUUGGCAGUAUGGUGAAACCAAUGGAUCUCUUAUCAGAAUAAUGUCUUUAAAUGCAUAAAAUAAAAUACAUAGCAUUAGAAAGGAAAUCAAUUUUAUUGAAAUAUAGAUUAUCAGACCUAAAAAUGCAAGUUCAUAGACUCAGGUUUAGAACCCCCACUCCGGAUCAAACAAAAAUCCUUCUCUGUGACAUUUGGCUCAAUGGUUAGGCUAAAACAAAAUGAAACAAAACUUUCUCUAAUCAAGGAAAUCAUGGUGGCGUAGUGGGGAGACGUUCGAUUUGUCCUAAGAGGAUGGGUUCAAGUUCCCCUCUGCCUCUUACACUUUUUGUGAACGGGGUUCUUUAUCUGUAAAAUGAGGAGGUUGGACUACCAGGCAAUCGAUAUCUAAAGAAUUACAAUGAAUCAUCUCAGUCUUGGAGAAAUGACACAGAAACAUACUUCAGUAAACAGUUUGCAGUGGUUACUCGUUAGUUGGGUUUAACCUAAAUGUUUUUCUUUGUCACAAGAGGAUUGGAGCACAUGGUAUAAAUAUCACAUGGGUAACAAUAAAACUUUUUUUUUUUCAAACACCUCCCCCCAUGAAGGAUUUGGAUUAAAUGGCGUCUACAAUCCUUUCCAGCUCCAAAUUUGUUAUCUUAUGAACCCUUUGUCUUCCUGUAUGGAAGCCUCAAGAGACCUAAAGAUCAUUAGGAAUGUGGAGGUGAUGGGAAGGAGGGAUUCCCUGGAAAAUGGGAAUCUUCCGGGAUUGUGUUCCAAAAUUCAGCUGGUAUAUCCCGACCCCCUGGCCCAAGCAGUACUCCAUAAUCCUAACAGUGAAAGGGAAGCCGCUGGAGUUGAGCUAAAAGGAAGUAAGGAGCCGGUGCUGUGCCUACCCUCCCCCUUCCUGACCCAAACGCAGACUUGCACAAGUUCAAGACGCCCGGUUUCCCCACCUGGAAACUGGGGGAGGGGGUGGGUGACUGGCAAGACGCUUGUUGACAGCGGGCAAGGAGCAGUUCUCACCUAGUCCGGGGGACUGCACGCACGGGUCAUUUGACCCGCGCUGCGCAGAGGAGUCUCAGGGAGACAUUUGGGCCAAGCCCCACCAGAGCUGGCCGCUGCGGUCGGCUGCAGCAGCCCAACAGGCGACCCACGGGCAGGAAGGAUGCAGAGCUGAAAGCCAGCGUACGUGCUCCACGUGACCGUGUCGUAUAAGACCUAGCUGCCGGGUCCGCUCUCUUCCAGCUGCUUCUCUCGGGUGCCCCCUCGCCCCGGCGCCUGGGCUGCCUGCGCUCCAGAGCCACCGAGUCACUGCCUCCCCAGCAACCUCGACUCCGGCGGCACCAUGACAGAUCAGUCUUUUGUGACUUUGUCAACAAAUGACUCCUACGCUAGAGGAGCAUUAGUGCUCGGCUCCUCACUGAAACAACACAGAACGAUAAAAAGGUUAACCGUGCUGAUAACCCCGCAGGUCUCCGAGUCUAUGAGGAAAGUUUUAGAGAAGAUUUUUGACGAAGUCAUCAUGGUUGACAUCUUGGACAGCAGGGAUUCAGCUCAUCUAACCUUAAUGAAGAGACCUGAACUGGGGGUCACGUUAACCAAACUCCACUGCUGGUCUCUAAUUCAGUAUUCCAAAUGUGUGUUCAUGGAUGCAGAUACUCUGGUACUGACAAAUAUUGAUGAGCUUUUUGAGAGAGAGGAGCUAUCAGCAGCACCAGACCCAGGGUGGCCUGACUGUUUCAAUUCUGGAGUCUUUGUUUACCGACCUUCCAUUGAAACAUACAAUCAACUGUUGCAUAUGGCUUCUGAACAAGGCAGCUUUGAUGGUGGGGACCAGGGUUUGCUGAACACCUUCUUUAGCAGUUGGGCAACAACAGAUAUCAGAAAGCACCUGCCAUUUAUUUAUAACCUAAGCAGCAUUUCUAUAUACUCCUACCUCCCAGCAUUUAAAGCGAGGAAGUCACAGAUGCAAUCUCACAUAUGUCCAUUGGGGACCUCAGCCCUCCACCUCAACCAUUUAUAUCCUCAGAAGAACGUAAGGAGCGGUGGGAGCAAGGCCAGGCUGAUUACAUGGGAGCAGAUUCCUUUGACAACAUCCAGAGGAAAUUGGACACUUACCUUCAGUAGAAAACAUCUCCAUUUUCUCUGUGCAAACAUCGGCUACACGGGACUGUUUCCAGAUAAUUUAGCAUCUAGAAAAGUGUUGAGUAUGGUUGUUACAGUUGCUAGCAGCUUUGACGAAAGUUCCACAUUUGAAGGUUUAUAGUACUAAAGGUGAAAACUGGACAAAAGUCAAGAAGUAAAAAGCUCUUUUUCUGGUCAAUUAAUUGCUGAGUGACUCCUCGCCCGAUCAUUCAGAGAAAAUUUAAGAAAUUUUCUAUUAAAUGCCAAUUACCAAUAAAUCUGAUGAGAGGGAAUGAAGCCAUUAAGCUAUUGGCCUCAGCUCCUGAAACUUGAAGAGCUGGGCUCCAAUCAGCUCCCCUUUAUAUUCAUGAAGAUAAGUGGGAAUGAUGCUAUAUGCCUCACUGUCUUUGUCGUGGUAGAUAGAUAUUUCAGGAUUGAUCAGAGACUGCCCUAGUGGUCCCAAUUCUUCUUUUAUGGAAAAGCAAUGUAACACUGUCAAAAUGAGUCACAAAUUUAAUAACUGCUACCACAAAUGACAACACCCUUUUUAUCUCUCUUUAAGAAACUCAAGUUUUGUUUUGUUUUGUUUUGUUUUUUACCAGUUUUCUUUGUACAGUAAGGUAGCGUACUGGAAAGCAGUUCUAUAUGUUUGGGGGAUGAGAGUGAGUUUUCUGAAUGCUUACCUCCAGUGGCACUAUGUACAAAAAAUAAACACUUAACAGUGAA